UUCACCGACAAAGGAAAGGUGCGACCUCUUCACAUCAGCUAUAUUGAAAAAGUUAACGCAUAAAACAUAAGAAUGGUGGUCCCCCGUCGCGCCGUUUGCGAAUAUACAUCUCGUGUAAAAAGUGCUCUGACGCUAGCCACUCACGGGCACGCGUAGUGAUUAAUUGUAUGAGCAAAUACCGGUAUAGAAAGCGUAGGCGGUGUUUCCCCUAUAAACCCGACGGUAGAUUUAUCUCUUCCCUUUCCUAACUGAUAAAUACGGAGCACAGGAGUCAAAAGCAGGCUGUGGAGAACGCGUUAUGGUGUGCUCCAGGGUGUGUUUAGGAUGCUGCGUGUUGAUUGUGCUGACCCUUGUCUGCUGUGUGUACGGGACGUGUGUUGGACAGUGCAAAGUUAGCGAAUCAUCAUCUGCAUCUGUGGACUAUAAACUGUGUGGUGAUCAGAUUAUAUCAGUGUGGCAACAGUUGUGUUAUCAGGGCUCGCAACAGCUUGGUAUGCUUAAGUCAGAGGUAAGGAGAAAGCGCCAGGUGACCCAAGAUAAGGAGUACGCCAAGUCAUUUCUUCGCGUGCGUCGAUCUGGUUCAUCAACAGACAUUAACGAAGAAUGUUGCGUGGAGGGCUGUGCACAGGAAGAAAUCAAUGAAUACUGCUGAUCCCAGGAGAGCUGAAUAGACUGUUGCAGCGUUUGUACUUAGAUCAGUGUGUGGGAGCGUCAUUCAAGUAUAUUCUGUAAUAUAUUGGGUUCUAAUGAAUUGAUUAUUAACAAGAUUCCAACAAA